UCAGGCCGUUCUCCCGUAGCUACACGUUCCGCCGCAGUGCUGACCAUGGAAGUAUUGCUCUCAUAAAACGACGGGAGGACAUGGGGCGCGGAACUCGGCUAAACAUAUCCCCGCAGUCUGGCCACGUCUGGAACGCCGCUCUUGGUGACUGCAGCUUCAGCGCCCGCUGGACUCGAUUUCUCAGAGCCAUCUUCCUCCCUUGCAAGGAUGUCCCUUAACUACGACUCAGACGACGCUUUCCCAAGAUCUCCUGCCCUCGUUCCCAUCCGACCAAAAGCAACUCCUUCACCCUCCCCACCACCCCGUGUGGCGCAGCAAGUUACCGUUCCGUCGACUGCUCAGAAUGACAGCCCUCCUCCCUCCGGAAGACGCAGGAAACAUAAUCAGCGACGCACCCGCCCAAGUCAAGGGGACUUCGUCCUUAUCCGCGUUAUGGACCCAAACCGACCCGACAUUGCACGAGAAGUCGGCGAACGAGCAUUGAACUCGGAUUCUGGUUCUGAGGCCGAUGACGAGGACAUAGAAGAGCAAUCUCAAACGGAUGCUGUCGAUACUAAUCAAGUGACGGCUGCAAGAGGACAUAGCAUCGAUGAUGCCUCUUACGGUUUUCCGUCCACACUUCCUGCACACCCGUCCAUAUCAUCGACGACGACGACUCGUCUACUUCCAUUAAGUACACCAAUUCAGUCAUCUCACGAGCCGCAGACAGACAACGCGGCGCAAGCAAGAUACCAGAAGGAGAGUUUCCCUUCUGGCGGUUCACGGGCAAUGAACGAUAAUGAAGCUAGCUACAACGGCGACAGGAAGCUAGCGUGAAUGCAGGCAGCGAUACUGUGACGAUGGUGUGAUCGGGGAUAACGGAAUUGCUAUAUGAGAGGGGUGCUCCAGGUCUUCUUCGCCCCUCAAUCACGACCUGCCCAGCGAUUUUGCAAGGGCGCAGCCAAAUAUAGAGGGAAUAUCAAAACUGGGGACCAGAAACGGGCUCCACAGUGGGAACCACAAAGGGACCCGUCGAGUCAGGCACACGCACACCCACAUUGGGCUCUUCGCUGCGCAGUCUGGUUACUGCAGCAUUGGUCCUGUACAGUUGCUUGCAAAACUAUGGAAUUUUCAAAGCCCAAGACUUGGUAUCUUCCUAACCGGGAAUGGCUAGCUUAGCGGAGUGCGCUGGAAUAGAUAUUUAGCAAAAUGUCGACGGCCAGCCCUGUUGCUUCACGGUUAGCGCGUGCUCAGCCAC